UGGGCAUCCAAUACAAUAGCCCCACACCACAGUUCCCUCAUUUCAUGGUCUUACUUUUUACCCUGAAAACACUCUCUCUUUUGUCCUCUUGUUUCUACACUUAUUAUCCAACCCAACAACACUCACUGCACUCCCUUCCUCAAAUCCUCACUCACAAACCACCGCCAUUACAACAAAAUUUCUCACCUCUCUCCCACCACCAACUCAAUCAUUCACAUCUCACAUUCUCUCCAUUCAACUCUCAAAAAAACCAAGCAAAGAAAACACACAAAAUAACCAAAAAAAAAAAAACCAACCUUACAUUAAACAUAUGGAUCUACUAGCCUCCAGUUAUAUCACUCUCAUUACUCUUCUUUUCCUCACUUCCAAAGGUGUAACUGGUUCCACCUUCACAUUUGUAAACAAAUGUGAUUACACAGUAUGGCCAGGCAUUCUAGCAAAUGCCGGCAGCCCAUCACUCGGAAGCACCGGUUUCGAACUUCCCCAACAAACAACCCGCUCAUUCCAAGCUCCAGCCGGUUGGUCCGGUCGGUUCUGGGCUCGAACCGGUUGCAACUUCGACGGAUCCGGUACCGGUUCAUGUCUCACCGGAGACUGUGGCUCUAACAUGAUAGAAUGCAACGGUGCCGGAGCUGCUCCUCCAGCAACACUCGCAGAGUUCACUCUUGGAACUAUAGGACAAGAUUUCUACGACGUGAGUCUCGUCGACGGUUACAAUUUACCGAUGAUUGUUGAAGGUUCGGGUGGGUCGGGUAUGUGUGAAUCAACUGGAUGUACUUCGGAUUUGAACCAGCAAUGUCCGGCGGAGUUGAGAGCUUCUGAUGGAAGCGCGUGUAAAAGCGCGUGUGAGGCUUUUGGUAGUCCUGAGUAUUGUUGUAGUGGCGCGUAUGGUUCACCGGAUACUUGUAAACCUUCUAUUUACUCACAGAUGUUUAAGAAUGCUUGUCCUAGAUCGUAUAGCUACGCAUACGAUGAUGCUACGAGUACUUUUACAUGUACUGCUGCGGAUUAUACCGUUACUUUUUGUCCAUCUUCUCCAAGUAAAAAAUCAUCACAAUAUCCAACAACUCCAAUGACCUCAACAACGUUACCAGGGACCUCAACAGCGUUACCAGGAACAGGGAAUCCUGUGAUUGGAACUGGGUCCGAAGGGGGGUCAGUGGAAUACACGGGUACCGACACACCAAUUGGGUAUUCAGUUCCUGUGAAUUCAGGGUCAGGAUCCGGAGGAGAGACCAUGCUAGCAGAUGGGUCAUAUUUAGCUGGAUUAGCCAUGGGAGACUCAUCUACAACAGCUUCAUCUUCGUUUGUCUACUUUUCUGGCUUUUUGCUUAUUCUCUUCUUGCUUUAGUACUUUUUAGCUAGUUGUAUUGUAGCACUAAUUUCAUGGUAUUUUGGUUUGUUAAAUGUAAAUUGGGUAUUUAGAUUUUCGGGUUUUUUGGGUUUAUGAAUUUUGGCUUCUUGUUGUGCCCACUAAACUAAAGCUGGCAGAUUCUUCCUUAUUGUAAACCACACCCAACUUAAGAUUCGCUGGAAAAAUUAUUGCGUCUUCCAUUGGUUAAA